AUGAAUUCUGUGAACAACACCUCUAAUGGAAUUCAAGAGCUCAGCCGUCACGAGUCGGCACAAGAUGUACUUCGGACUACGAAAAGUGACCUGAAAGACGCUGUUAAGCUAAAAUAUAAAAACGUUUUAAGAAAAAAAACGAAAAGAAGUCAUCGGGAUAAGAACUGCAGCACGCGUCAAGCAAAACACGUAGCUGUAGCUACAACACCUGUACCUCCCUCACGCCAUGUGUAUCAGAGCAGACGAUCUCUUGAGGAGUUUGAAUUGUUAAACAAGAUUGCAGAAGGGGCCUAUGGAGCUGUGUUCAGAGCUCAGGAUGAGAAGACAAAAGAAAUAGUUGCUCUCAAACAAAUUACUACAGAUAACAAGGAUGAAGGAUUGUUCAAAGCUGCUAAGAGAGAGUUAAAAACUUUACUUAAAAUUCGGCAUCCAAACAUUAUCGCCGGGCGAGAACUGGUAGUAGGCACCAAUAUGGAGGAAGUGUUUGUAGUCAUGGACUAUGUCCCUCGUGAUUUGAGAAAUUACAUAGAUUCCAUGACCAAAAAUAAACAAUUAGUUUCACCGGGACACGUGAAGUGCCUAAUGGUCCAACUCCUUGACGCAGUUCAGCAUCUUCACAAGAAUUGGAUACUCCACCGAGAUCUCAAACCCAGUAACAUAUUACUGUCGUAUGAAGGUGUACUCAAAGUGGCAGAUUUUGGGUUAGCGCGAAAAUAUGAAUUGCCUCCCCGGCAAUACACGCCGGGUGUGGUUACCUUAUGGUACCGGGCGCCUGAACUGUUGCUGUUUGCAAAUGAAUAUUCUACUCAUAUCGACAUGUGGAGUAUCGGAUGCAUAUUUGCGGAGCUGAUUACAUUGCAACCACUGUUUCCUGGAAGUUCUGAGUGUGAUCAGCUAUUCAGAAUCUUCGAGGGUUUGGGAACACCUACAGACACAACUUGGCCCGGCUACAGUGAAUUACCUGUAGGUAAAAUUACUUUUAAAAAUCAUCCAACCGGUCGACUGCGGGAAACAAUGAGUAAUCGACUUUCAGACGAAGGGCUAUCGCUACUGCAAGACUUUUUGCUGUAUGAUCAAGCGGCAAGAGUGACAGCAGACGCCGCUUUGAAUCAUCCGUAUUUCGAAGAAGAGCCGGUGGCGAUGGAGCCGGCCAUGUUCCUGCCAUCGCUGUGGGCAGAGUACGUCGAGCAGAACUCCAACUCUGACACGGGAGAGGACACGCAGUAAGGAUAAAACUAAGU